UCUUCCAUUAUAUAUCACGUUUUUGAUAAUGGCUCUUGUGAAGGAAGAAAACCCAAUGAGAGAAGUCAAGAUUGCCAAGCUCUGUCUUAAUAUUUCUGUUGGUCAGUCUGGGGAUAGAUUGACGAGAGCGGCCAAAGUAAUGGAACAACUGACUGGCCAAAGACCUCGCUUUUCAAAAGCCAAAAUAACAAUCCGUAAGUUUGGUAUUCGCAGAAAUGAGACAAUCGCCUGUUCUACCACAGUUCGUGGUCCAAAAGCAGAACAGAUCCUCGAAUCUGGUCUCAAAGUCAAGGAAUAUGAAUUAUACAAAAAGUGUUUUGCUCAAGACGGAAGCUUCGGAUUUGGAAUCGAAGAGCAUAUUGAUUUGGGGGUAAAAUAUGAUCCCAACAUUGGCAUUUACGGAAUGGAUUUUUGUGUUGUUUUGGAGAGGAAAGGGUAUCGAGUGAAGAGGAGGAGGCGUGGUUGUGCCAGAGUUGGUGCUAGUCAUCGUGUGUCUAAGGAAGACGCGAUGAAAUGGUUUAAACAGAAGGUCCCCCGUUUUGAUUAUUUUUUCCAUAGUUCGACGGUCAUGUAA